AUGGGAGACCUGUGGUUACUUCUGUUCCUGCCCCUGUCCCUGGCAGCCUUCCAUGGGGUCAAAGGCUGCUUGGAAUGUGACCCCAAAUUCACAGAAGAUAUUAGGUCCUUGCUGGCAAAGUUAAUACCCUCAGAAGUCCCCGGCCGAAUUCAUCUGCUUGAACGGCAGAUUAAGGAGAUGAUCCGUUUAAGCUUCAAAGUCUCCCACAGGGACAAGAUGCUUCGGGUGUUGGCUGUUCAAAAGGUUACCAAGUUAAGAACAUGGCUGAAGAAUGAACUUUAUAAACUGGGCAAUGAAACAUUUAAAGGUGCUUUUAUCCUUCAAGGCAAGCUUCUCGAUGUCCGCCAAAACUUGGAAUCCAAACUGAAAGAGAUAUUAAAGAACUUCUCUGAAGUUGCUUGUUCUGAAGAUUGCGUCGUGAUUGAAGGUCCUGUCCUGGAUUGUUGGACCUGUCUUCGCAUCACUUCCCGAUGCUUCAGAGGAGAGUAUUGUGGAGAAGAGGAUUCAAGGAAGGCUGAGAAUCGAGAGAUUGCACUAUUUCUGAUAUUGCUAGCAGAAGUUGUGAUAUUGGGAAGUGCUUUGUUACUAUUCCAUAUCUGUGUGUCUCAUCGGAGGAAAAUGAAGGCAAUACGAAGGUCAUUAAAGAAAUAUUUGGAGAAGAAACUUGAAGAAUUAAUGGGCAUGACAGAUGACAAGAUGGAUGAUUUUGGAAUCAGAAAAUAA